CUGUAAGAAUGUUUUGGAUUUUGGGCAAAGUAUAUAAGCAGUUGGGACCGAUCCAAAAAUCAUACUCAACUUGAAUUCUCAAGCAUCCAGUACACCUUUCUUCACUCCACUAAAAUGAUUGCAUUCAAAGUCUUGAUUGCUGUUACAUGCAUCGUCUUUGCCAUGGCUACCGAAGAGCAAAAAGAGGUUGUCGAGCAACAAGGGGCUGCCAUCGACGUUGACAGUGGCAAGGAUCUGCAAACGGCUGAGGGAACCCUAGGAGUGUAUGGAGGUUACGGAGGACUCGGUUAUGGUGGACUUGGGUAUGCUGGACUCGGCUACGGCAACGGACUUUACGGCGCUGGAUACGGAGGACUAGGAUAUGGUCAUGGUAUUGGCUAUGGAGCAGGUUACGGAGGUUACGGUUUGGGUUUAGGUUAUGGUGGACAUGGUCAUGGAUACGGUAAGGAAACGAGUGUUGCACAGCUUUUUGUAAAACGCUCACGUGUAAAUGUGCCCUGUAUUUGUAUGGUAGGAUACGGCGCUGGUUACGGAUCAAACUACGGACACAACCACGCCAGCUCUGGCUACACCAGCAUCAACAAAGUAAUCAGCCAUGGAUCGAAGAGUCACAGCAACGCCCACGCUCUUGGGCAUGGACAUGGUUACGGAUAUGGCCAUCACGGACUUGCUUAUUAAAAUGUCUUCAAUUUGCAUCCCAAUAUUUCUCAUAGCAAUAAUAUAGUAAUAUCAAUGACGCAGCCUCAAUUUUCGUCGAAAUAAACAUGUUACGACAGCA